GUGAGCCAGCCCAGCGCACUGCAUGUAGGCGCAGAGGUUUGCUCGCGAGCGCGUUUGCCACCACGACUCGCGGGAUGCACCUUUACAUCGGAGCUUGCCGCCAUGGCACUAACACCCUUGGGCUUCAUCCUCGCAGCUCUGCUCGCCUCCCUUCACCAGGUGGUUAUCGUUGAAAGCUGUGCCCGGAACAACUUGGACAGAGACCGGUCCACGAGAGUCAUCAAAGACUCGAACACAACGCCACGAGUGCUCAGUCUCAGGUUUGGCGAAGCGCUUUUCCUGAGAUUAGAAGCACUCACGAGCACUUCGACCUCAACUACCACCACUGAGGCCUCGAAAAAGAAGACGGACAAAUCGGACAAAUUUAUGUACACCAACAGAUUCGAUCAUGUGGCUAUCGAAAACGUGCUGUCAAGUCCGCGUCUCAUGAAGAACUUCCACCAGUGCCUCGUAGGACGCGGGCCGUGCACCAGCGAAGGCGCCGAGCUCAAGAAAAUUAUUCCCGAGGCUCUGAAAUCCGACUGUGCUCGAUGCACAGAGAGGCAGAAAGUGCAAGCUGGAAAGGUUAUUAUCUACUUGCUGGAGAACAGACCUGAAUGGUGGAAGGAGCUUAUCGAAAAGUACGACCCAGAUGGAACAGUACGAAAACGCUACGAAUACGAAAUGGAUAAUGACGAAUAAAUUUGUGAUAUUAUGCAGCGCCUUUUUUAACUUCAGCCUAACUAGCCGAAUCUAAAAUUUAAUAAUAAUCUCUGUGCCUGUUUGCUACUAACAAAAUGUGAAUUAACGUGAUUUAAGAUUCAGUUUUGAGAAUGAAGGUAUUGAUUUUAUUGUAUGUACCAGGAGAGGGUUCAAUGCAUGUAAAUUAAUAAAUAAAAAAGUGUCUAAUCAA